AUGCACUAUAAGCUUAUGUCAAUUGAGUCCGAGUUUCGACGCUUAGCAGUAUCUCGAAACUUGCGUAAAACCUUUUUCAACUUGGUGGAUUAUAAAGCAUCAGAUAAUGGCAAUAAUAUUCCUCGAUUUGGCACCCCUCAUGUUCCUGUGGGUGCUUUAAAAAGUCCAGUCAUUAAUAGAGGUACCUGGUUACGAACAUCGUCUAUUAGUAUGAUCAUCGAUGAUUUUAUGAAACAAAAUGAAGGUGAGAAUGUUCAAAUAUUAUCUCUUGGUGCUGGAAAUGAUACGAGGGCUUUUGAAUUGCUCCCCAAGUAUCAUAAAACUCUCCAAUACUUCGAGUUGGAUUUUCCGGAUAGCUGUAAAGUGAAGAAGUUCACAAUUCUUACAGACAAACGUCUCUAUGCUAAGUUGUUUGUGGAAGCUUCUGCGAAUGCUAGUCAACUUCCCACUGACUAUCUCAGUUUCAGUAGUUCUGAUGGCAAGUUAGAUUCCAAUUGCUAUCAUCUAAUACCUUCUGAUUUGAGAAAAUUGCGUAAAGAGAUGAUCCCAGCCAACUUUGACUGGACGAAAAAGACUCUUGUACUCAGUGAAUGUUGUAUAUGUUAUAUGGGUACAGAAGAAUCGAAUCAACUGCUUGAAUAUCUGAGAAAAUGGUUGAUAAGUGGCCUUUUCGUUGUAUACGAGCCCAUGGGAGGACAAGAAACACAGGACAGCCGAUAUGGUGAAGUGAUGGUGAGAAAUUUGAAGACCAGAGGAAUCGAGAUGCCAAACUUGAUGGUCUAUAAUACAAUUGAGAAACAGGAGGCCCGUUUUAAAGGGUUUGGUAUCGAUUUAAAGGACUUGGUUGUAUGCGAUCUGAAGUUUAUCUAUUAUAACUGGAUCGUUAGAAACUCGAUCAUGCGGAUUUCACAGUUAGAGAUGUUAGACGAAAUAGAGGAGUUGAAUCUAAUCAAUUCGCACUACACAUUGAUCGUAGCAUCAUGGGGAAAUGCGUUUAAUUGUAAAUUAAGGAGACAAUUACAGCAGCAUUAG